CAUACCAGGUGCAAGACCUGCGUAUUCACUUCCCGUCCGAAUGUUGGCCCAUCUCGUGCUUUUUCUCUGCUGUGCGUCUCCUCAACACGAUGGCAAUGCACAACCAACACAACAUCAGCAACAAAGUCAAUCGCAGACCCAGGCGCCGUCACUGCAGACUCAGCCAGCUGCCGCCUCGACGUCCACGACACCUACUGCUCCUGAUACUCAUGCUACCGCGCCAGGUGCAGCAACCGCGCAGCCACAGCCCCUUGCAUUGCGGGUUCGUUUCGUUAUUUUUCUCUGUUGUGCAUCUCCCCCGAAUGCAGAUAGACAUUGAUGCUGCAGCAUAUGGACACCUAUUUCAUAUGUGGGUCUGGUUCUUUUCUGUAACAACCGUUAUCUCUUUGUUCGCGUUGAGACUGCGUAUUUGAUUGCCAUAACCUCCUCAAUCUCGGAAACACGUCCUGGCUGCAAAUCAUGGUGCUGUAUAUCCCGUGCACCAAUCAUUCCGUUGCAUCUAUUCCUUGGGUACCCGAUCGCAAGUAUGUACAUCCUUGCACUAGAUCGUUCCCCCCACACUGCACACACGCGCCCUCCCAAUAUCAUUUCCU